AAUACAAAUGAAUGAAUGCGUGUGCCGAAUGAACAGGAGUCAUCAAACUUCGUCGGCCAAGUGCCAACAACCUCUAACACUAGAGGACUGAACUCAUAAUGUGUUUGUCCUCGUGUACGAUAGACUGUAAAAUUAGACGAACGAAGAGACGUUUGAGAGUGAGAAAAAUAAAACGUACAAGGGAGAAGGUCGAUAGUGAGCCAAACGAGAUGACUGACAUGUGAUAAAGUAUUAGAAAAAAUCAUUGAGUUAGAUUUCACUUAAUUUACAUUAAAUUUCCGCAUUUGACUCAUUCAUUAAAAAAUUAACAAGCGAAUAAAGCAACAAAGAAAAUUAGAAAACUAUUUUCUAGUCCAACUGCAUUUUAACGAAUGAAUAUUUCGUUGAGGAAAAUACGAAAAAUUGUGAAUCGUGAUAUGUCGAGUGAUCUCUGAAUUUAAAGAGUGAAAUUAAGAAUUGAUCUCAUAAUGGAGAUUGUCACGACUCUUCCGAGGGUCUUAUCAGCUGAAAAUAAUGAAGUAAUGAGGGAAUCAAUGGCGACGUCAAAAUGACUAGCAACUGGAGGAGAUAAACGAGGUAUUGCUAGUAGAACAAUUGGAAGUAAGACGAUGAAGUGAUAAUUUAUCGGAUAAUUACAAAUGUCUAGCGCAGUCGAGAUGCCCUUGUCACUACCAAAUCCGUUCGUGCCUAUGAGCGCAAUUUCAACGCAAUCGUACAUCUCAACGAGUGAAAAUAAUCAUCUGCCCCCUCUAAAAUCUGGCAAUUAUGGGGUGAAAGCCGGGGAAUCACCACCAUCGCAUCUCACCCACUCGUCCCACAGUGGUAGUACACAUCUGCCAAGUUUGGGUUCAAGUGCAAAUAAUAGUUUACAAAAUUUAACGAGUAACUCGGAGAGCUUGAACCUGAGUUUGAGCUCGCACACGAGUCACAACAGCAACAAUUCGAAUCACAAUCCUCAUUCGCAGUCGAAUAGUCAAACGAACAGUCCACUUGUUAAGAAUGGAAGGACAGAGGGUAAUAAUUCGAGUCGUGUUAUACCGAAAAUGGCAGUAACACCUGAGAUUGUUAUGAAGCUUUACAUGAAUAAAUUGACACCCUAUGAGCAGCACGAGAUAUUUACUUAUCCUCAGAUUUACUUCAUCGGAGCUAAUGCGAAGAAGAGGCCGGCGAUUCUUGGAUUACCGAAUAAUCAUAACUACGAUAAUGAUCAGGGGAGUUACAUCCACACACCGCAUGAUCAUGUUGCGUACAGAUACGAAGUUCUCAAAGUUAUCGGGAAAGGAUCGUUUGGACAAGUUGUUAAAGCUUAUGACCAUAAAAUUCAUGAACACAUUGCCCUCAAAAUGGUGAGAAACGAGAGGCGAUUUCACAGACAAGCACAAGAAGAAAUACGCAUUCUCGCCAAUCUGAGAGAACAGGAUAAAGACAAUACCAUGAAUAUUAUUCAUAUGUUUGAUUCUUUCACCUUCAGGAAUCACAUGUGCAUUACUUUUGAGCUGCUCAGCAUCAAUCUUUAUGAGCUCAUCAAGAAAAAUAAGUUCCAGGGCUUCAGCCUACAGUUAGUUAGGAAGUUUUCUCACUCGUUGCUGCAGUGUUUGGAUGCACUCUACAAGAACAAGAUUAUUCAUUGUGACAUGAAGCCAGAGAAUGUAUUGCUGAAGCAGCAAGGGAGGAGUGGCAUUAAGGUAAUUGAUUUUGGCUCGAGUUGUUACGAAGACCAGCGCGUAUAUACUUACAUCCAGAGUAGAUUCUACCGUGCGCCAGAGGUGAUCCUGGGCGCAAAGUACGGAAUGCCGAUAGACAUGUGGAGUCUGGGUUGCAUUCUCGCUGAACUCCUCACAGGAUUCCCUCUACUCCCCGGCGAAGACGAGGCUGACCAACUGGCUUGUAUAAUCGAGCUGCUUGGAAUGCCCCCAAGGAAGAUGAUAGACAAUGCGAAGCGAUCCCGCCAGUUCUUCAGCUCCAAGGGUUAUCCCAGGUACUGCAAAGCCAUGACAACUGCUAAUGGAACAACUUUUCUCCACGGUGGAAUAUCUAGAAGAGGAAAAUUGCGAGGUCCACCUGCCUCGAAAGACCUCAAAGACGCUCUGAAGGGCUGUGAGGAUCAGCUCUUCCUCGAUUUCAUUCGCAAAUGCCUUCAGUGGGAUCCGGAGCAAAGAAUGACACCUGCUAAAGCCCUCCGGCACGCAUGGCUGAGGCGGAGACUACCCAAACCUCCAGAUGACAAGACUGAUGGCCAGUCUGUUCAAUCAACUGCCGUUGUACCAGCCUCAAGUAGUCGCAGCUCCAGUAAAACUAAUGUGGGAUCAGCUGGUAUUACCAACAAAAUCCGUCAAAUCAGUGAUCAACGGUCAUCCAUUCAAGCUAAACAUCUUCCAGUUGCUGUCGCCCAUCCAAUCACGUCCAAUCAAUUGUCGAUAACACAAUCGAAUCCCUCGCAUCAUCAUUUGCACAAUGGGUCUCAUGAAUCGUCGCACGACAGCCACAGCUCACAUGGCUCCUCGGGGGGAUCCAGCAGAUUCGUCGUUGCUAAAGACAGUGAUUUAUGGCGAUAAAUCUCUGAUCAUCUUGGGUUCGUAAUGUAAUCUUCGUUCUCCUGCAGAAUACACUGAGAAAAGAACAGCGGAGUUCUCAAGCAAGUCGUACUUGUGCGUAAUAAAUUGUGUGUUGAAAAUUAUCAAAAAGCAUUUUUUUGAGCUGAACAUUUUUAUUGCAAAAAUUACCUGUCUUUUCAAAAAAAAUUUGGCUCGCGCAAACAAGAAAUGGCAUUUCUAGCACUAUUUCAAAAAAUUAAUUGUUAAAUGAAAUAAUGAUAAAAACCGAUAUCUAUUGACUUUCCUGUCAAUUAGCUCAGAU